AUGCCAUGGCUGAUGAAAGCUGAGCCUGAUUCAAGAGUAGUCAAAGGAAAAGAUGUCAAAUUCUCGGUAGACGAUUUUGAGAAACUCGGUGUUUCGCCAUGGGAUGGCGUAAGGAACCAUGAAGCCAAGAAAAUAAUGAAAGAGCGUAUGAAAAUAGGAGACAAAGUCCUAUUUUAUCACAGUAACUGUAAAGUGCCAGGUGUAUUUGCAAUUGCCGAAGUAGUGAAAGAGGGUUAUCCAGAUUAUACAGCUUGGGACCCUGAUCAUCCUUAUUACGAUCCAAAGACGAAGAAGGAUCAACCAACUUGGUUUAUGGUAAACGUCAAAUUCAUUCAAAGACUCGAUUAUCCUCCAACAUUAUCAUUGAUCAAAUAUCUAGCAUCAUUAUCGACAUCUAUAUUACCUGAUGAGAUUUCGUAUAUUGGUAAGGAUGGUUCAAAUGCCAUCGGUAAUAUGCAAUUAGUGAAUAGAGGUAGAUUGAGCGUUCAACCGGUCGAACAAUCAGCUUACGACGCUAUAAUCUUACUUGGGACUCAAGGUGGGUGGGAAUCACUCGUCCAAAUUAAGAAACCAAAAUCGAAAUCGAAAGUGGAACCGAAUUCAACGGCUAAAAGGGAGAUCCCUCCUGCUGCCGAGGAAGAUGAAGGGGAAAAAGCAAUCGAACGACCUCAACUUAAAUCGAAAGGAACAGUUAAGAAAGAUAGAGCGUCACCGAAUAAGACAGAAGAUGUGCCUUCGGAAGCCCGAGGAGAAAGAAGGAGUAAACGGCUGAAGAAGUAA